AUGUCGACUAAACUGCAGGGCGACGAUUUGGACGAGGCAGAGGCCAAUGGCAAGUCGGGAGACGAGGCCGAGGCUGAGGAUGAGGCUGAGGACGAGGCUGAGCACGAGGCUGAGCACGAGGCUCCACACGAGGCGGAGGAGGAGGCGGAAGAAGAGGCCGACAAAGAUGCGGAGGAAGAUGAGGAGGAAAAGGUGGAGGAAGAGGCGGAGGAAGAGGCAGAGGAAGAGGCGGAGGAAGAGGCGGAGGAAGAGGCGGAGGAAGAGGCAGAGGAAGAGGAAGAUGGGGAGGCGGAGGACGAAGAAGGUGGGGAGUCCGGCAAUGAGUCGGAAGAUGAGUCCGAGGACGAGCCGUCGGACGAGGAGGGUGGAGAGUCGGACGAUGAGCAGGAGGAUCAGGAGGAGGCAAUGGAGAGGAAUGAGAAAAACGGUACGGCGGAAGUGCCUGCCUGCGCGGAUGUUCAUAAGCCUGAGGUCACGAAAAAAACAAGCUUUGACGAGAUGUUGGAAGAGCAGGAUGACAGUGAAGGUGAUGCCGUGGAGGAUGAGGCUGUGGCAGAGGAACGAGCUUUGCUGCUUGGGAAGCUGAAGGCACUUGAUGAGAUCCAGGAACCCGUUGUCAGCUCGAAGCUCGCUGGAAAGGGUGCGAAAGCACAGUCGCGUUCAGGACCCACUAAGGUUCUGGCUAAGCCACCUCCAGGGAGACAUGCUGUCGCCAUGGCUAAGGGUAAGGAGAAAGUGGUGGAGAAAGUGGUGGAGAAAGUGGUGGCGAAAGAGAGUAGCCCUGGUGGAAAGACAAAACGGGAGGAGUCCGCCUUGGUGGUUGAAGGCACUGUCCCAUCCUUUCUUUGUAGUCCCAUCCCUGUUGUCCCUAUCCUUGCCGUACCCUAUCCUCCCAUCCCUGCAGUCCCAUCCCUACCGUCAGCUCUCGACCUAUCCCUGCCGUCUAAGGGAGUGAGGCAAUACCUGAACCCUGACUCCCUUCUGUCUGCCUGCCCCUCUCCCCUCAACCCGAAACCCCACUUGCUUCCCUGUCCAGGUCUAAGGGGGUCUAGUGAGGUGACGAUUUACCUAAACCUUGACUCCCCUCUGCCUAUCUGCCCCUCUCCCUUCAACCUUAAACCCACCUGCUUCCCCAUCCAGGAACUUGCUAGGCGUGUAGCAACACAUCUUUUCUUCAACAUUGAAGCCUCAAUGAUUCAGUUCUACCCAUCUGCGGAGGAGGCCUUAGAUCAUGGGUUUAGCGAGUUUGUGUCGCCGCAGUUCGAGUGGCCAAUCCUUAACAAUGCGCCCGAUGGGAAGUUGAGCGGCAAGUGGGAGUACAAUCGGAUCCAGUACGAGGAGAUGUGCACCCGUGUGAAGCAGGAGGUCGAGAUCGCUGUCAUGGACCAUGGUGUCCCAUACGCCAGCAACACGAACACAUUCAACUUCCCCAACGGCGUCUACAUCGACGCGUCUGACAUGGAGACCCUUGUCAGCAGGGUGCAGCUUUGUUGCAUCACUCACCAUCUCUUCCGUCCCCUUCCCCUUCCUCCCAUCUCUUCCGUCCCCUUCCCCUUCCUCCCAUCUCUUCCGUCCCCUUCCCCUUCCUCCCAUCUCUUCCGUCCCCUUCCUCCCGUCUCUACUGUCCCCUUCCUUCCGUCCCCCAUGCCUCUUUGCGCAGGCAGCACGACCUGCACCAGCCCGGGUUGUCACCCCCAACCCGUGAUCACAGAGAUCUACAGCAGCACUAGGGGGACAUGUGCGGAGGGGCUUAGUAGUGGCAGUAGCAAUCUGCAGCAGCAGCAGGGGGAUCGGUGCGGAGGGGCUUCGCAGUGGCAGUAG